GCUCCACGUGGUUUUGUCUUUUUUUUUCCCCCUUUUUUGCCGAGUUCCACCCACGUGGCUGCCCGAGCUGGUCGGCGGAAGCAGCUCAGGCAGCCAAAGCCACUUGUGAAGAAGAUUUAUGGGCCACCAAAGCCACUUUGUAAAGUUUGGUGGCUGCAGAUGGACCAGGACUUGGCUCUCCUUUCCGUUGCCUUGUUUCAGGAUGCUUUUAUUUAUUUCCUGCAAACCUGGGAUGCCUGCCUGUUGGAAUCAUUGCAGUUAGUAACACGGUUUAUGUUACCUGAAAGUGACGAGGGAACCAAAGGUCCGGAGAAUGAAGAGAAACAAAAUGGCAUCUCUAAGGAAGAGAAACCAAGGGGAAAGAAACGGGCUUCUUCCGAAGGCCUCUUGCAGCCGGUGAAAUUGGGCAAAAGUGAGCUGUACAAGGUGCCCACCAACGAAGAGCUGAGCCACCUCAAGGAGACCGAGAACCUGUUUCAUUCCAACCUUCUGCGCCUGCAGAUUGAGGAGCUGUUGAAAGAGGUGACCCUCAAGGAGAAGAGGAAGCAGAGGAUCAAUGCCUUCCUUCACGAAAUCAGCGCCAUGCUUAAGAACGUCCCGGAGGUUCCGGCGAGAGACAUCACCGACCAGUCCUGGCUUCCCACGGGAGUGAAAGUCCCUAUCCUGCAGAUUCCUUUCAAGGUGAAGGGCAAGUUCCAUUUUCUGCCCCCAGCAGAGGUGAAGGUGGUGGGGAGUUACCUGCUGGGCACCUGCAUCAAGCCGGAGGUGAAUGUGGAUGUGGCAGUGAUCAUGCCCAAGGAAGUUUUCCAAGAGAAGGAUAACCUCAACCAGCGCUACCACCGCAAGAGGGCCCUCUACCUGGCCCACCUGGCCCAACACCUGGCCGAGACACACCGCUUCGGGAGUGUGGCCUUUGCCUACCUGAACGGCAACCAUCUGAAGCCCAUUGUGCUCCUCCAGCCACAAGGGAAGGAUGCAAAGACGCUGACCAUCCGCCUCCAUGCCUGCCGCCCGGGGGUCUUCCGGCCCCUCCGUUUGCACCCCAGCAAAAACAACGUCCGGACUGCUUGGUUCACGGAGAAGGACUUGCCCGGGACAGGAGUCGCUGAGCCCCCCACCCCCCAUUACAACAACUCCAUUUUGUGGGACCUGGUGAUGGAGACCAACCUGCUCUACCUUUCCGAGGCGGCCAGCGCCUUCCGGGGCUUCCAAGAUGGAGUGGCCCUCCUCAAAGUUUGGCUCCGCCAGCGAGAGCUGCAUCAGGGUCUGGGAUGUUUCAACGGCUUCAUGGCCUCCAUGCUGGUGGGAUACCUGCUGGCCACUCACAAGAUCAGCAAAAUGAUGAGCGCGUACCAGGUGCUGCGAAACGCUCUCCACUUCUUGGCUACUACAGACCUGACAACAUCUGGAAUCAGUCUCUCAAAAGACAAAGAACCCAGUCUGCCUUCCCUGACGGACUUCCACCAGGCAUCCCAAGUGGUGUUUGUAGACUCUUCUGGACUGGUGAACCUGUGUGCGGAUAUGACUGCCAACACUUACAAGCAGGUCCAGUUUGAAGCCAGGCAGUCGAUGGAGAUUCUGGAUGACACAACGGUGGAUGGGUUUCAGCUGCUUUUCAUGACCCAGAAGCCUCUGCUCCGGACCUUCGAUCACGUGUUUCACCUCCGUCACGUCUCCAAACUCCAGGCGGCUUGCCAGAAGAUGCAGCUGCUCAACGCGUUGAUGGACCGCGGCGGGAAUUACGUGGCCGCCGUUCUCCCGUUCUUCCUCAGCUUGCUGGAGCGCGGACUGGCCCGGCGGUUGGUGCUCCUGGCUCAUCGGUUGCCUCAGACUCCACCGUGGCCGAUUCACGUCGACCCCCCGAAGCACAAAGACGUCGGUUCCUUAUCCUUCGGACUGUUGCUAAAUCUUGACUUUGCAAACAGUGUUUUGGAGCGAGGACCAGAAGCAGAUCAAGAUGAGGCCAUGGAGUUUCGGCAAUUUUGGGGAGAGCGGUCGGAGCUGAGGCGUUUCCAAGAUGGCGCCAUCUGCGAGGCCGUUUUGUGGGAUGCUGCAAAUCUGUGCCAGAAACGUCUUGUUCCAGAGCAAAUAAUACGUCAUAUUUUGAAACUGCACCUGGACAUUCCGGAGACUUCUAUUUCGUACACGGGGGCCCUGCUGGAACCCCUAAUUAAACUGGGGCGUGAGCCUGCAGGGACUGGCGAGGAAGACAUGGUCAGCUUGAUCCGUUCCUACGACGACCUGAGCCGCAAGCUCUGGCACCUGGAGGGGAUGCCCUUAACGGUGACAGCGGUACAAGGAGCUCACCCUGCCCUUUGCUACACAGAUACUUUUCCUCCAGUCCCUGUGAAACCAGAUUAUACCUUCCACGGCAAGUUCAAAGACCGAGCAUCCUUUCUCCCCGUGGCGGAAAAACCAUGUCCUGCUUACGUGGCCCCAAUAAAAGUGAUUUGCCAGAUGGAGGGAAGCGGUCAGUGGCCUCGGGACAAGGAGGCCAUUCAGCGCAUCAAAGCUGCUUUCCAGUUGCAGCUGGCGGAAAUCCUGAACCAGCAACACCACCUGCUGUGCCGGCCAGCCGCCACCUACACCGAUAUACAUAAGGAUGGCUACGUCUUCCGCCUUCAAGUGGCCUCACGGGAGCCCCAGAUCCUGAAGGAGUUGGUCACCCCGGAAGGGAUGCUGAAGUACCAGGACACCAGAAUAUCACAGCAGCUGGAACUUGAGACCAUACAUCUGCCUGUCUUGACUAGCUCGCUCCAUGGGCUGCAGCAACAAUAUCCGGCUUUUAGCGGCAGCUGCCGUCUCGCCAAGCGAUGGAUCAACGCUCAGUUACUCAGCGACAGCCUCACGGAGGAGGCCGUGGACUUAUUAGCGGCCUUCCUUUUCCUCUCUCCAGCUCCCUUCACGGCACCCAGCUCUCCCCAGGUGGGCUUCCUUCGCUUCCUUCACCUGCUCGCCACCUUUGACUGGAAGAACAGCCUUCUGUUGGUGAACCUCAACGGAGACCUCAAAGAGGCAGAUUGUGUAGCCAUCAGAAGCCACUUCUUGGAAGCUCGGCCUCGUCUCCCGGCCAUGUUCAUUGCUACCCCGAAAGACCAGAAAUUAUCAGUGUGGACCAGAGAGAAGCCAUCGCCUCAGAUCCUUCAGCGCCUCCUUGUACUGGCCCAAGAGGCCCUUCAGGUGUUGGACAAGCAGCUGAUGGACCCUCUGGGAACCCAGGAUGUGAAGAUGGCCUUCCGACCUCCCUUGGACCUUUACGAUGUCCUCAUCCACCUGAACCCCAAGCAGGUUCCCAGGUACCUGGAGGCCGUGGACCGGCCCACCAUGUCCUUCUACCGGGGGAUGUUGAAGAGCAGCAGUACUACAAAAACCAUUUCUUUCCCAGUGGUGGAUUACGACCCCGUGCAGUGCUACCUGCAGGAGCUCCGAGAAGCCUUCAGUGACUUCGCCCUGUUCUUCUACGACAAAUACGGAGGAGACGUUAUUGGGGUCCUCUGGAAGCCCUCGGCCUUCGAACCCCAGCCCUUCAAGGUAUCAAAUGUUAAAGGAAGGAUGAUAUCCAGAGUAAGUUCUCAGCCAACCGUAGUUCCAAACGUGGAGGCUAUUUUGGAAGACUUCAAGAUCUUGGGGGAAGGCCUGGUCAAAACGUUGGAAGCUCGGACAGAGAAAUGGUCCAUCUAGAAUCACCUGGAGCCCUCCUUGGAUUUGGAAAUGCUGAGGGUGGGUUCUUCUCACCCGUAACUUUUUUUUUCUUUAGAUUUUUCCUAGAUUUUUUUAUUACAUUGUGAUUGGAAACUCUUUCCAUCCUAGUCUCCUUCCAAAAGAUGCAUUCAGUUCAGAUGAGCCUGAUGCCUCCAUUAAAGGACUUUAUUCAA